CACGUCUGUCCUCUGCUCCCCGCCACCGUUCAGUCCCCUCCGACCUGCAGCGGUCGGCGCUCGAUUGGUUCGGUCUGGAGCAGCCAUGGCAGACCGAGAGGAUAAUGUUACAGUCCCCGAGUUCAGCAGCCUUCUCCAAAUGGAUCCCUAUCUCAAAACGUACGAGAAGGACUUCAAGAGGAGGUAUGACCUGCUACAGAAGCGACUCUUCGAGCUGGAGGAGGCAGAGGGAGGCUUUGACCAGUUCACUCGCAGCUACAAGACGUUCGGUGUGCAGCGGCAGCCUGACAACAGCCUGUUCUUUAAAGAGUGGGCUCCAGCUGCAGAGGCCCUCUUCCUUACUGGCGACUUCAAUGGCUGGGACAAAUUCUCCCACCCUUACACCAAGAAAGACUUCGGCAAAUGGGAACUGAUUCUUCCACCCAAGCAUGACAAGUCUCCAGCUGUGGAUCAUCACACCAAACUCAAGGUGGUAGUUCACACCAAGGAGGGUGAACGCCUGUACCGGAUCUCGCCUUGGGCAAAAUAUGUGAACAGAGAGGAGAAAUCUGUCAUCUAUGACUGGGUUCACUGGGAUCCCCCUCAACCUUACAAUCAAGUUCACCCUCGACCAGCAAAGCCUACGAGCCUGAGAAUAUACGAGGCUCACGUGGGCAUCGCUUCACCGGAGGGAAAGAUCGCCUCGUACACCAACUUCACAAACAACGUGCUGCCUCGCAUAAAAGACUUGGGUUACAACUGCAUUCAGCUGAUGGCAGUCAUGGAACACGCCUACUAUGCAAGCUUUGGAUAUCAGAUUACGAGUUUCUUUGCUGCUUCCAGUCGCUAUGGUACCCCGGAUGAGCUGAAGGAGCUGAUCGAUGUGGCUCAUUCUAUGGGCAUCGUGGUGCUGCUGGACGUCGUUCACAGUCACGCCUCCAAGAACACGGAGGACGGCCUGAAUCACUUCGACGGCUCCAACUCUUGUUACUUUCAUUCUCCACCCAGAGGGGAGCACAAACUGUGGGACAGCCGCCUCUUCAACUACUCCAGCUGGGAAGUGCUGCGUUUCCUGCUGUCAAACCUGCGCUGGUGGAUGGAGGAGUACCGCUUUGACGGAUUCAGAUUUGAUGGCGUUACCUCCAUGCUGUACCAUCACCAUGGCAUCGGCUCAGGCUUCUCAGGGGACUACAGCGAAUACUUUGGCCUACAGGUGGAUGAGGACUCUUUGGUUUACCUGAUGCUUGCCAAUCACAUUCUUCAUACGCUUUAUCCCGACUGCAUCACUGUUGCAGAGGAUGUGUCAGGGAUGCCUGCUCUCUGCAGACCAGUGGAGGAGGGAGGACUUGGUUUUGAUUACCGGCUGGCGAUGGCUAUUCCUGACAAGUGGAUCCAGAUCCUGAAGGAGUUAAAGGAUGAGGACUGGAACAUAGGCAACAUCACCCACACACUGACCAACAGACGAUAUGGAGAGAAGUGCAUCGCCUAUGCAGAAAGUCACGACCAGGCUCUGGUCGGUGAUAAGACUCUGGCCUUCUGGCUGAUGGACAAGGAGAUGUACACCAACAUGAGCUCUCUGAUUCCCAUGAAUCCUAUCAUCAACCGUGGCAUUCAGCUGCACAAGAUGAUCCGGCUAAUCACACAUGGUCUGGGUGGAGAAGGCUACCUUAACUUCAUUGGAAAUGAGUUUGGCCAUCCUGAGUGGCUGGAUUUCCCCAGAGAGGGCAACAAUCAGAGUUACCACUAUGCCCGUCGGCAGUUUAACCUGGUGGAUAUGGAUCACCUCCGCUACUGUCAGCUCUAUGCCUUUGACCGGGACAUGAACCGCACCGAAGACAAGUAUGGCUGGCUGGCAGCUCCACCUGCCUAUGUCAGUGCCAAGCAUGAAGAGGACAAGGUCAUUGUGUUUGACAGGGCAAAUGUGGUCUUUAUCUUCAACUUCCACCCCAAUAAGAGCUUCCAGGGCUACCGGGUGGGUGUAGAAGUUCCAGGAAAAUACAAAAUCAAGCUGGAUUCAGACAUGGUUCAGUAUGGGGGUCACGGACGGCUGGACCAUGGCACAGAGUUCUUCACAGAGGCACAGCCCUUCAACGGCCGCUCCAACUCCAUCCUGGUCUACAUCCCCUGCAGAACAGCUAUUGUCCUGGCCAACGAGGAGAUAGAUUACUGUUAUUAGAGGAUGAUUGUCUCCACAGAGACCAGGAUUGAGAAUGGAUUCCAAAUUCAAACUGAGUGUUAACAAUCACCUUCAUCUUAAAGUGUCAACCUUGCACACCACCCAAACCUACUUUUUGUCUUCAAGUCUGUUUUUAAAUGGGGGAAAAAAAGCAUUGUAGGCUUGUGUGCUUUCAAAUACCAUCUGCAACCUUAGACGCUGUGUAACCCCAUUUACUGCAGAUUGGUCCAUUUGGGAAGCGUCCAACCUAACCAGCAGCUAGAUGCUAAAACUCAAAACCCUGCCGAGUCCAUCCACCACUAGCCAGCAGCCAUUUAUAGGCUCUGCUGCAUUUGGCAUGUCAUCUGAAAUACAUGACCGACGACUGUAGCAGAGUGAAGCAAUACAGCCAGUAUUCAUUUAUUCAAACAUAAUAAAUACAUAAAUAAAUAAGUAAAAUAUGAAUAUUUCAAUAUGUGAGAUAUAAUGAGUAUAUUCUACUUGAUUUAAUUAUUUUGUAUUUAAAUAGAACUAAUAUUAUAGUGUCAAAGACACAGAGGGAUUUACAGUAUUACCAGCACUUGAAAAUCAAAACGUCCAGGUACUUAAUCACUGGAGAUCUGCCUUUGUUAAUUUGCAUUGUGGGACAUUGUACAUAUAAAAAUAUAUUGCAAUUUGCACACAGUAAUAAACUGGUUUGAAUGAUUAUACUUUUAAUGAGUGUCUAAAACAGUUGUGUUGUAAUGUUUGAAUUUAUGCAGCUACUGGGAGCAUUUAAGUGGUUAUUUAUGGCUCAGUUAUUAAGCCAGUAAUUUGCAGCUAAAGCAGUGAUAAAAUCACCUAAUUUGGAUUGUUCACAGUGUGCCGCAUUAUGCACAAGCAACAUUUUAGCUGAAUUACACCAUUUUCCCCCUCUUUGCAUAGAGUAAUGCAGUUUUCCCCUGCAGUAGAUCACAUUAAAAUAGUUUGUUGUGAAUUUUCCUAAACUCUCCACACUGCAAAAUCCUACUACAACACUAAGUUGACACUGAUGAUCAGCACUUCCUUUUGUGUGGGAGAAGACAGUAUUACAGGUAUGACUCACAGACUAGACUACUUAAAGACACUGUGAUGUAUGUGCACCGUGUUCAUUAGGUACUGUCGCAUUCCCCCUGGGAUUAUUCCGGAAAAACACCAGAAAGCGCCUAAAUUCACACAGAGAACGACAUGUGCCUCUUCCAAUUAGUUCUGACUUUUGCGACUUUUUUUUGUCUCAACACACACUUGAUGAUUGAACGUCUCAAAGAGCAGCUGCAACGCUCGUCUUCAGUUCCCUAUCGCUGUUAUGUGAGAAGCUUAUUGAUUAGCUAAAAUGUGUACGAACCGAGAAAUAUCACUGAUGAUAGGUGACUGUGAACUCACUCGAUCGCAAAAUGUCAUAAAAUAUUAUGUUUUGCAAAUCACUGUGAUAAUUGGUCUGCUUCCAGCCUGUGUGUUGUGGGGUUUUUUUUUUGCUGUUGUUGCUUCCAUCCUCGUUCUAACAGUCCCUUGUUGCCAUAUGAAUGGGUGUCUUUUGGACAUUUUUAAGUAUUCUCUGCACGUGUUAUCAAAGCAAGCCUGAUAGAAGUGAAACAAGACGUGAUUCUGGGCAUCUCAGAUAAAAGCAAAUUCCUUGAUUUACUGCCACGGAUACUGUAAUUCUGUGAUCCACACCCACUGCAUUAGUGCAGAUUCUCAGGCAUUUAAGCCAUGUAUUGUAGCAUAUGGCAGGUUUUGAUCUGCCUCCCCUGCAGCUGAAGAAAACGCAUUCAUAUUCAGGACCAUUCUUCUGUGUUUAGCCAAAAGUAUCAAGAACAUGUCAUUUAUUUUUGUGCAACACCAAAGCGUUCAAAAAUGCCUUUCUCCACCUCUCGAAAAGCACAGAGAGGAUGCUUACAUUUUAUGCAACGAGGUGCUGAGACUGAAUUGGAGUGUUUAAUCAUCCCUCAUCUGACCCGAUGUCAUUGUCAUUUUUUGGCUGCCAAAAUGAAUUGUCUGUAUUUGUUCUCAAAAGUAAAGCUGAUGUCUGAUACACUGCAA